ACGAGGUCCAAAUGGACCGAGCAGUCCAGCAGGCCAGCGUGGACUCCCUGUAAUCCUUAUCCCUUUGUUUUGUUCGGUCCACCAGAGAGGCGGAGAAGAGGGAGGCGGAGCGGACGACGCUCCAAGCGGCGGCGGCGGCCAACUGCACGCCCACCCUAGGCGGCACGUGCGCCCGUUGGACGCACGCAUCGCGCGGCGCCGCAGCUCCCUCUCUCGGCCUAUAAAUCGGAUCGAAAUCCCUCACUCUCGAAGGAGGCAACACAGACUACUCCCCUCCUCUCUAUUCUCCACAUCUCCGGCGAAGUUCCGCCUGGUUCCGGCGUGGUUCGCCGGUGCCUGGUGGUGGUGAUUCUGCGACGCACACACGGGCGUGUGCAGUUGGAGGGUGCUUCUGUGUGUCUCGCUGCUGCCUUUCUUGUGCCUGUGUGGUGCAGUGCAGUCUUGUUCAGAUUGCUGUCGACUGUGGCCUGGUUCUUGAGCCUCUUGCUGCGCGGUGUUCCUCUGCUUCUCGGGUUGUUGCUGUGGACGUUCCCCUCGGCAUCAACGUCGGCUCCAGUAUCUCUGUCAACCUCUCGCUGGUUCAGGCUCGGACGUGAGCGGCGGAAUUGGUUUUCUGGGACAGAACCUUGUGUUCGCUGAGCUUGUCUUCCCACGUAGACAAACUACGUGCUGUGAGUUACCUGUUGCCUCUUUUCGGUUUACAGUAUACAUUUUGUGUAAUCUGCUAGUUUUGGCUUGGGUGUGAUUGCACGUUUUUGGCAGAUUAAAUUGCUCUGUAAUGAUAAGCGGUGUAGUGAGACAAGAACGUGACAGUCUCAGGAUUUAGUACUCCUUUUCAGUAUGUUCAGUUACUAAUUCUUUUUCCUAGAACUCUAGUGUUAUUUCUGUGAGCAUAUUUCCACUGCUACUUCUGGACUUUACUGUUCAGAGUUGAAGCACCUUCUCGUUGGUAAUAUAGCUUGUUCUUGGGUUGAAAAGAAAGAAUUGUUCUGAACCCUGUUUAAGUAGGACUGUCACGUUAGUCCAGGAUCAGUGAUCACUUUUGGGUGCUGGAAGGCUGCCUAGAGUAGUAACCCGCUAAUUUGAGAGCAAAUAUAGAAAAACAAUCAUGUUUUUGUUUUUAUUAAUCUGUCUGUUUCAUCUACUUGCUAUGUUUAAUGGGUACAUGAUCCUGAGUAGCUCUGUUCUCAGUUUUCAGACCUUAGAAAUGCUCCUGUUCAUGUAUGUAUUUCUUAAACAUAGCUGUAAUCUGAGUAGCAUGCUUGUUGUAUAUGGAAUUGGAUUAUUUAAUCUUUUUUAUAGUAGAAGCAUGUCGCUUAUUUCUCUAAAUUUACAACACUGAAGUUGUUUAGUUCGUGCACGACGACAGCGUCCGGCAGCGACCCCGUUCAAAAAAAAAAAAGGCAGCCCCAACCCACAAGUAGGUUUCUUGAGAAACUUCCACCUUGACGAUGACGCGUGUGGGGGUGUGAGUUUAUAGAUAGAUGCACCGUCUCCUCACCAGUCACCACAGUCCACACGUACAGGCCAAUAAUUGUGGCGCGCGCGGCUCGCCACUUUGCCAGCUGCUCUCCACUUUGCCAGCUGCUCUCCAGUCUCCACUCCAUGGCCUCCUCCUUGCCGUCCCCGGUGCUCCGUCACGUGGCCAUGCUCCCGUUCAUGGCCAAGGGCCACACCAUCCCACUCCUCCACCUGGCUCGUGUGCUCCUCCUCCGCGGGCUCGCGUCGGCCGUCACCUUCCUCGCCACCCCGCGCGACGCGCCCUUUGUCCGCGCCGGCGCCCCCGGGGCGGCCGUCGUCGAGCUGCCGUUCCCCUCCUCGACGGCUGGCCCGCAGAGCACGGACGAGCUCCCCUCCGGGUCCAGCUUCCUCGACGUCGUCUCCGCCGCCGCCGCGCUCGAGCCGGUGUUCGCAGACGCGCUGGCGGCGCUGGACCCGCGGCCGGACCUGCUCGUUCACGACGGGUUCCUCGCGUGGGCCGCUGACGCCGCCGACGACCUCGGCGUGCCGCGGCUGGUCUCGCUCGGCAUGGGCGCCUUCCCCUUAUGUGUUGCAGCCGCCGUCAUGGCGCAGAAGCCGCACGCGCGAGUGAGCUCGCCGUUGGAGCCGUUCCAGGUCGACGGCCUGCCGGGGCUCCGGCUCACCAAGGCCGACCUGCACCCGCCGUUCGACGACCCGGAGCCGGCAGGCCCUCACUGGGACUUCGUCUGCGAGACCGGCAGUGCCAUGGGCUUGAGCCGAGGUACCAUCGUCAACUCCUUCCAUGAGCUCGAGUCAUUGUACAUCGACAAGUGGAACCGCGAGAUGCCGCUCAACAAGAUGUGGCCGGUUGGCCCACUCUGUCUUGCCAGUGAGCCGGUCCGAACCUUGGAUUCCGAUAUUGCCGACUGGCUUGAUUCAAGACUCGCCAUGAACCGACCGGUUCUAUAUGUCGCAUUCGGCUCGCAAGCCGACCUGAGCCGGGCACAGCUAGAGGAGAUCGCAACCGGCCUGGACCGGUCGGAUCUGGACUUCAUUUGGGUAGUUCGGUCGAGGUGGUUCAAUGGAGAGGAGCCGUUCCAAGGCAGGUUCCGUGGCAGGGGCAAAGUGGUCCAAGGCUUUAUCAACCAGCUCGGCAUUUUGGGCCAUCAGGCUAUUAAGGGCUUCUUCAGUCACUGCGGGUGGAACUCGGUGAUGGAAAGCAUCAGCAUGGGUGUGCCCAUCCUAACCUAUCCAAUUGCCGCGGAGCAGAAGUUGAACGCAAAGUUCGUUGUCGACGUGGUUGAAGUCGGAAUCAGGAUCUGGCCAUCCAAAAGAGGGGACAGUGGCCCCGCAAGUGAGCAGCAGCUUGUUUCAAGUGAUGACGUGGAAACGUUGGCGAGAGAGUUGAUACUGGGAGAGGGAGGGAAACGUGCGGCUGCCAAAGCGAGUGAGCUCGCAGACGCAGCUAGAGCCGCAGUGGAGACGAGCGGGUCGUCGUUCGAAACCCUAGAGCUGAUGCUCCAUGAGGUGUGUGAGAUUGGAAGGCCUGAGGCUAAAGAGUGAUCAGUGGAAGGCUACGGCCUCCGGUGCUAGCUAAUGAUGUACUGUACUCGUCAAAUUAGUGAAGUUAUUACUGGGUCAAAUGGGAUUGUUGGUAUCGUACGUAUUUGCCCUUUUAAAGCUAUAUAAGAAUUGAUAAUUUGUGAUCGAA